GAACUCUCUCUUGGUUACAUAUAUGCAUAAAUGCAAGCAUAAAUGAUAAGGGCGCAGGCCGUUUGUUGAUUUGACGUAGAGUUGGUUCGACACAUGUAAAGCUUGACAGAGGUCUUGAAUAUUGAUGUUAUUUACUACAAGCAUAGAUAACAGUAGAACUACUGUUAUCUACUGUUAUCUAUGCUACAAAGUACAAGAUAAAACACGUGUCUACAACGUUACGACCUGAGACAGAAGUGACUGCGGUGCCGUCCGUCUGUGCGCGACUCAAUCAGCCUCCUUCUCCGCCAGUCCACCAGCCAUGUCGGGCUCGGAUCGCCUGGAGAACGUGAACCCCCAGAUCCACUCCACGGCCGGCCAGCGCCCAGUCACGGCCGCCGAGCUGGACAACUCAGUCACGGACCCUAUCGACGCGCGAGAGGUGUUUGACCUGGUGCGCGACAUCGCCGACCCGGAGCACCCGCUGACGCUCGAGCAGCUGAACGUGGUGGAGCAGGAGCUGAUCGAGGUGGAUCCCGCCUCCGGCGUGGUCCAAGUGCAGUUCACCCCCACCAUCCCCCACUGCAGCAUGGCCACGCUGAUCGGACUCUCCAUCAAGGUGAAACUGGAGCGCUCGCUGCCGGCGCGCUUUAAGAUCGAUGUGCGUAUCACGCCCGGCUCGCACGCCUCCGAGAGGGCCGUGAAUAAGCAGCUGGCGGAUAAGGAGCGCGUAGCGGCGGCCACGGAGAACGGACGUCUUCUGGAGGUGGUGAACCAGUGUCUGGUACCGCCCGCAGCCGGGGGCGCGUGAGGACGCCGGCACAGGACAGUGGUGAGGUCGUGAGUACAGAAGAGGAGUGAACUGAAGGAUCAGGUGGGACAAGAAAAUGUGUGGACAAUAAUUAGGUGCAAGGGAGUGAGCAAGCACGGCAAAGGGUGAUAAAUUUGGUAUUUUUGUUGCAGGUGCCAGUAAUCGGUCUUUGUGAUGCAUCGCCAGCUGCUAUUUCCCUCAGAUUGUGAGCGGUUCUGUCCGUGAAAGUCUCAAACUCAGUGCCUGAAGGGUGGAGUGUCAGGUCCGGGAGAGCGACCGGUCCAUGAAAUGCAACUCUGGUGUAACUACUUGCAAAUGACUGCUGUAGUCUGCAUUGGCUCAUAGCUCAAACUUUGAAAAUGUGUAGACACUGGAUUGCUGGAAGCAGGAUUAUCACAUUGUAAUAGCUGAAUGGUGAACAAGCCUUUGAGCAGCGUGUCGUAGAUGAUGACGUUCGAAGGUGAAGUUUUAAAGUUCCAGAGUGUGAUGUGAUAGAGGAGUGACGUUAUAAUACGUGUGUUAGUUCUAGUCCGUGGGUAGUUAUGUAACGAACUAGCUAGAUCAUUAUUUAGAUAAAGCGUGAAUGAUACCCCAUUCGAGGUACCUUUGUAAAUGCGUGACAUGGCUGAAGAAUCAUUAUUCCUUCGGAUUGUUACAGACAUCGUCGAACGGGCAACAGCCAUAUAGCGCUGUGUGAUGAUGUGCCAAUGAUCGGUGGCCCAUAGUGACUCGAUGGUGCGCCCUGCUGGUCUGCACGUUUUCACACUGUUACCUCGCUCUCUGUCAUGUAUAAGACCGUGCCUGACCUCGACCCCGGCUCACGUUCAGCCGUCAAUAGAUACCACUUUGUUA